AUGUCUCUAAUGAUUGGAAUGGAAUCACAAUUAAAAAUUUUUCAUGAUAAUGCCAAUGUCAUUAUUGAGGAAUUUAAAAAAUAUUCUCUGGACAAUCUAAAUUCUAAGCUGGGAGUUGCGUGUCAUUCCUCAUACAUAUUGACACAAUUCAAUCGGGUAAUCCAAUUGGCGGAAACCUUCAUAAAGAAAAAUAGUUUAACAGAGUACUUUGAUCAAAAAUUUUCUGUACUUACUACUAGAGAAGAUUUGAAAGAGUUGAGGGUUACUCAAGAUGACAAAACAAUGGAAAUUUUAACGGGCAUUCAAGAAACUGUAAAUAAUCUUAAAAAGAAUUUUUCUAAUGAAAUCCUUGGUGGAGAAAAAGAUAGUGCCCCCAGCUACAGAGACAUUCUCAAAAAAGGUAUUAAACCAAUCUCAAAUGUACAUGAACCGCCUCUGCAGACCCAUACAGUUUUAGUAUACAGUGAUCAGGAGGGUGCCACUUCCGAACAAACUAAAAGUUAUUUAACCAAUCAUGUGAAACCACAUAUCCUUGGUGUAGGAGUUAACCGAUUACGGAAACUGAAAAAUGGGGGAAUUGCUGUUGACUUAAAUCAUAAAGAUGAAGUUGAAUACUUUAAAGAGUCUGUUCAACAGGUUCCCGGAUUAAACUCUCGUUUACCAAAAAAGCGACUUCCAUUAAUGAAAAUUGCAUCUGUUCCUAAAGCAGUUGUGAAAGAGGAAUUAAUACAGGAUAUCUAUGAACAAAACGUGUGCUUCGUACAUCUUUAUACUGAUAAAACUUUUGCGGAAAAAAUUAAUAUUAGAUUUUCUCUAAAACAAAAGAACAGAAACUACCUUUCUUGGGUCGUCGAGGUGACUCCUGAAAUAAGGGAUAUACUCGUAAAAGUAGGAAAAGUUCACAUUCACUGGUCAACUUGUCAGGUGUACGAUUUUAUUCCGACAAUACAGUGCUAUAAAUGCUUAUCCUUUGGCCAUUUUGCUAAAAACUGUACUUCCACAGAAUCAAUAUGCAGUCAUUGUGGUGAGAACCAUCUUUUUAAAAACUGUACAAAUAGACAUGAAACACCAAAAUGUGUCAACUGUUUGAAAGAGAAAAGAACACAACAUAACCAUAAUACCAUGGAUAAAAUGUGUCCAACGUAUCUAAGAGAAAAAUCAAAAUAUCUAACUAGGACUGAAUACAUACAUACAUGAAAAUCAAUAGCUGUAUGUUACUACAGACC